UUUUAUACAAAUUAGAUGCGAAUGCGAACGCAAUUCAAGCUCACGUUUUUUUGUUUGCUUGGUGUUUACGCAGUGGUUAGGCGCAAAUCUAAAGAAUCGCUAGAACACUUCAUGUGUAUCGCAUAUCGCAGUAACUAAGUCAAGUGAGCGCGAGGGAGGCCAGACAGCCGCUGGGUCAGUUGAAGAACGUCAACGGGAACAGCUGCAGCGGCAGCAUGGUUAAGAAGCGUCAGACAGACGCACAGCAGGACGGCAGCAGCUGGACCGACUCGGGCGAGGAGGAGAUGGUGAAUGGUCAUGCCGCUGCCGGAAGCAAUGCCACGAGUUGUCAGCACAUCAAGAAGGCGGUAGAUCCGACGCGCUUGCGGCGUCAUCUCAAAUCGACUGGAUUGCUCUACGACUGCCAGAUGUGUCUGAAACUGAAGCCGCCCAAUGAGAGUGGCAAUGAAUCAGCUGCUUGUGAAUACGACAACACACUCUGGCUGUGCCUCAAGUGCGGCUCGCAGCUGUGCAGCCGCGAGCGCAACAAGCACGCAUUGCUGCACUAUCAGACUCCGCAUUCGGACUCGCAUGCUUUGGCGUUGAACACGCGUUCCUUCAAGAUCUGGUGCUACGAUUGCGGCAGUGAGGUGUCCGCCAACUCUCGCAAGAACUUGCUCGACUGUGUGGAGCUGGUGAAGCGCCUGGCCCAGAAGCCGCUCGCCACCGUCGCCGACGUGUACAAAAUAUUGUCAACCCUCGACCAAGUCAAUCCCAUUGUGCCGAUGACUGGUGGCAAAGAGAUCAGCGCGACCGCUGGGGGCAAUCCGGCCAUACCGAUGCCGCCUCCAACGCCGCCAUCGCCGCCGCCGUCAGCGAGCUUGACCGGCUCAGUGCCCGGCAUGGCCAAACGUGUGCUGGACAAGCGUGCCGUCUACCAGACGGCGACUGGCGUGCCGCCCACUCUAUCUGUGGGCAACCCGGAACUGGAUCGAUUACCACGCGUGCGUGGUCUGACCAAUUUGGGCAAUACGUGCUUCUUCAAUGCCGUUAUGCAGUGUCUGGCUCAAACACCAUUCUUACUGGACGUACUCAAGGAACUGGCUGAGCCCGGGGAGCAAUUUGUGCUGCCUGGCGGCACAUUUAACUUUAAGGACAAGGGCGAUGUUGAGCUGCCCAUGAUAAAAGGCACGCUCUCCUCGUGGGGCAAUCUCACCUCCGCCCUGGCCAAUGCACUGGAGGAACUGCAGUCCGGAGGCAGCGUCUUUACGCCCAGCAAACUCUUUGACAAACUGUGCGCCAAAUGUCCACAGUUCACUGGCGGAGAUCAGCACGAUGCGCACGAGCUGCUGCGCCAGUUGCUGGAGAGCGUACGCUCUGAGGACUUGAAGCGCUAUCAGCGAGUCAUAUUGCAGAACUUGGGAUACAAGGAUCAGGAUAUUAGCAGUGUGUCGGAGGAGCUGCGCCAGAAGUGCAAGAUCUAUGGCAAUCAGGCAGCCGAUCGCAUACUGCGGCCGGAGCAGGUGUUUCGCGGCUUUCUCGUCUCGACGCUGACGUGUCAGGACUGCUUUAACAUCUCCUCGCGACACGAGUACUUCUUGGAUAUAUCACUGCCCGUGGCAGUGGAGAAGCCGCAGCCGCCUCAGCGCCGCAGAACUAGUCCCGAGAACUCGCCCUCGUCCGCUAACCAGAGCAACAGCGUCAACCCGAAGCUCAGCAACGGCGAGUCGGAAGUGGGCGUGUCAUCGCCUCCGUUUUACCUGCACACUGAUGGGCCGGAAACGCUGGGGCCAUCCAAAGCACAGGUGAAGAAAGAGAAGGAGCGCGAGCGCAAGGCCAAGCGCGCAGCCAAGCACCAGCGCACCAAACAGGCCCAAAGGCUCUCGCUUAAGCUGAACAUCAGCAAUGAGGCGAACGGCGGUGGCGGCGGCGGAGAUGACGUCGAUGGCGAGCAGCAGCCCGGCAGUGUUAAUAGCCAGGGGCAGGGGCAGCCAACUUCUGCCGACACGGAUAGUGAGAAGACACGCUCGGCUCCCUGGGGCGAGGGUUCUCGUGCCAAAUCAACUUCCCAGAGCGCAACUUCAUCGGAGCACUCUGACGCCGACGUUGAGGACAAUCUGGUCGAUGACGCGGCCGGCGGCAGCAACGCCAAGUUCUACACAGACAGCAACGGCAACUCGCAGCCGGCGGGCGAGAAGCGCGACGAUACGCCCGAGCACAUGGACAAGGAUUCGCUGGAGGAGGACGAGAAUGACUCAGGCAUAGCCACCAGCCCGGCACCCACUACAUCAACCAACAGCGCGGCCAGCACCACCAGCACCGCCAGCAAUGGCAACAACAAUAACAAUGAAGCCAACAGUGGGAACGAUGCGAGCGCCCCAGCUGACGGCGUGGCUGCCUGCUUGGUGAACGCCAGCUUGAGCGAGAAGGGCGCCUCUCAAAUACGUCAAUUGUCAUCGGGGCAGCUGCAGCUGAAGAUGGAGCAGCUGAAGCUGCAGGAGCAGGCCAAGAAUGCGGCGACCCUAAGGCGUGUGCGCACCCAGAGCUAUUCGGACUGGAGCACUACGAUUGCGCCGCGCUAUCAGUGCGAGGUGGGUGAGUGCUCGGUGGCGUCGUGUCUCAACAAUUUCACCGCCGUGGAGCUGAUGACGGGCCAGAACAAAGUCGGCUGCGAGAGCUGCACCCGCCGCAUCAACGGAUCCGAUCCCCAAGCCAAAACCGUAAAUACAAAUGCGACCAAGCAGCUGCUGGUGUCCAGUCCGCCGGCUGUGCUCAUCCUACAUCUGAAGAGAUUCCAGUUGGGGCCGCGCUGCAUUUUCCGAAAGCUGACGCGCCCGGUCAGCUACACUGUCAUGCUGGACAUAGCCGCCUUCUGCGGCUCCAAAGUGAAGAACUUGCCCAACAUCGAUCGCAAGCAGAAGAAGCUGCUCUAUGCGCUUUACGGCGUCGUGGAGCACUCUGGCGGCCUAUACGGCGGCCACUACACCGCCUAUGUGAAGGUGCGACCGAAGGUGACUCCCGAUGAUAAGCGCUGGAAAUUCUUGCCGCACGGCAGCAAAGCGGAGCUGGAUCAGGGCGACGAGCUCAAGGAGCUGUUGGCCAAGGAGAAGGCCCGUGAGAUGCGUAUGAAUGCCUUGGAUGAUAGCGACGAUUUCACCAGCUCAAGCAGCAAUGCAUCCACCACAGAUGAUUCCACCUCUGAAUCUGUUGAUGAUGCUGCUGCCGCUCCUGCUCCGGCUGCGGCCGCUGACGGCUCAUCCGACCAGCCGGCGGGCAUGGCCAACGGCGAGGAGGAAGCGGCCAAUGUGAAGGCACCGCCCGGCAAAUGGUAUUACGUAUCGGACUCGCGCGUCCAGGAAGUCAGCGAGGAGGCAGCCCUCAACGCGCAGGCGUAUCUGCUGUUCUACGAGCGUAUCUAUUAGAAACUGGAGAUCAGCUCCAGCGGUGCAAAAUGGCCGCCCGCAUCGUUCCACUAGCUUAGCAUAGAUAUUUGGAAGUUAUUUAAUUCUUUUAAUACUGUUCCUGAAUUGUUUUCGUUACUAUCCUUAAAUAAUUGCAUUUGGAGCGCGCACCACAUUUGGAGCGCGACCUACAACGACUGAAAAGACGAGCAGAAAAGGAAACGGGCUCAUAUCUAAAAGAAAAAGAAAAACAGAAAACACACGGCAGAGUAAUGCAUUUUAGAUUGUUUUUGUUUUUGUUUUUUUUUUUUUUUGUUUUCAUUAAUUUUUUUUUUAAUUUGUUGUCAAAAAGCUAUGGAUAGAUCAGCAGGCGAGGUAUAUGCCAUAGGCAUGUAUA